UAGGAGUAAUUAAGAAGGUGCCCGUGGGGAUUUAUGGAUUAGAUUUUAUUUAAAAGAUAUGAAAAGCGUGGGCAAAUUAACAAAUUCAAGGCAAAUUUGAUCUGUCAGAGAUAGAGAGAGGUAGGGUGCGUGUGCCUCUCUGUCUCUUCUCUUGUAUUGUGAGUUGUACUCUCCCUCUCUUUUUCCAUCAUAUCUUUCCGCCUCCUCCUUCUUCUUCUUCAUCACCCAAGUCAGUUUCAAGUUUCAACUUCCACGAUCGAUGACUUUGAGGACCUCAUAUCUUUUCCUCUAAUUCCCUUCUCUGGUGAGUUCAUGCAAGCAAGUGAUGGUGGUGUAAUGGUAUUCCAAAGACAAAUAAACAAAACCCAAUCUUUGAUGUCAUGGAUUAGCUGUAUCCCUACCCUGCACUUGCUCUUCUCGAAACACACACACAUUCAUUCACUCUUAACCCUAUUUAAAUGCACACAGAGUAAUGCUACAUACCCCCACAACGCAGAACUGGGUCUCGAGGCCAUACCAAUAAUGCCCAAUAAGCCUUUAUCCUCCUCCUCUUCUUCUUCUUCAGAUAUCUUGACAUCUACUAGUAUGUUAUAUUCUUCUUCUUUCUCUUCUACCAUGAUUGGGGAAUACAUUGGCAUGGAGAGUUGUAUUGAUUUGAAUAUCGACAUUGAAGGAGAUCAAGUGAUUAGGGAUCAACGUCAUCAUGAGGGGAGGAGGAAGAGAGAAGGUGAUCGACGGUGUAUGAUGAAGAGAAAGGAGUUUCCACCACCCAUAACAUCACUCGCUAGGACUGAAAACCAGCCGUCUUCUCACAUGCCUUGGGUGUUGAAGAGGUAUUACACUAAUGAUGGGCGUUUGAUUUUGAGAGAAGAGAAGGUGAAACACCAUGAGUAUUUCAAGGCUCAUCGCUCCAAUGGUCGUCUUACCUUGCAACUCAUCCAUCUCGAUGAUGACGAGGACGAUCUAAUUUGCAACGGGAACGGGAACGGGAAUGAUCAUUGCAUUAAUGUUAAUGAAGAAAAUAAAGGCAAUGACGACGAUGAAAAUGACGAUUUUGCCACUAAUCAAUUUGAUUUGGUACAAUUAGUAUCAGACAAUGUGAAUGGGAACGAAAAUGAGAAUGAGAAUGAUGGUGAUCAAAAAGAAACGGAUGUGGUAAAAUUGGCAUCUCCGCCUUCGGUGCAUGAGUCAUCGUCGUCCUCGUCACCAAUUGGUAGUGGUAAUGGGAAGUGCUUGAUUUACAACAAUGUGAGAAAGAUAUCACCCUGUCUAAUACUUGAGGUACCAGCCAUAAGGCCGGUUCAUUAGUGGAAUUUUAGUUAGGGUUUUUUUUUCUUCUAUUAAUGUUGUGUAGAUGUUGAGAUUACGCCUUUUGAGGGUGGAGAAUAGGUGUAUGUGAUUAGUAUUUGUGUAAAACGAGUAAUUCCCAAUUGGAAUUGAUUAA